GGCGCCGGCGGCGGCCGCGGAAGGAGACUCGCCCGGGCGGCCGGACGCCCCUGCCUUCCCCGCCUGGGAUCAUGCCCGAGGCGGGGGCGGCCGAGACCGCGCCGCCCGCGGUAAGAAGAAAACAUAACAUAUAGACCAUCUUCUAGCAGAAUAUGGUAGAUUUGGAUCAGAAACGGGAGGCGUUGGAAGCCUGGAGUCAAAAGUGAAGAAAUUCUGCAAGCCCUUGGGCUGCUUCAGUCAGGGCCUUCUGUUGUCACCUUGCCUGCAUUCACUACGUAUUUCUCAGGGCCCCCCAUUCCUGUCCACGGCUGAGGCCUUAAGUCACUCUCCAGGGAUAACUUGAGACCUCUAGCAGCUGAAACUGAAGAAGCAUAGUGAAUGAGCUCCUGUCACCAUAACCAUGCCAGAAAUGACCGAGAAUGAGACUCCUACAAAAAAGCAGCACCGAAAGAAGAACCGGGAGACACACAACGCAGUGGAGAGGCAUAGAAAGAAGAAAAUCAAUGCUGGGAUAAACAGAAUAGGAGAGCUGAUCCCGUGUUCCCCUGCCCUGAAGCAGAGCAAGAAUAUGAUCCUGGACCAAGCAUUUAAAUAUAUAACGGAAUUAAAAAGGCAAAAUGAUGAACUCCUACUUAAUGGAGGAAACAAUGAACAAGCUGAAGAAAUAAAAAAGCUACGGAAACAACUGGAAGAAAUCCAAAAAGAAAAUGGCCGAUACAUUGAGUUACUGAAAGCGAAUGACAUAUGCUUAUAUGAUGACCCCACAAUCCACUGGAAAGGAAAUCUUAAAAACUCGAAGGUCUCUGUUGUUAUUCCCAGUGAUCAGAUUCAAAAAAAUAUCAUUGUUUAUUCAAAUGGGAGUCAGCCUGGUGGAAACAGCCAGGGAGCAGCUGUUCAGGGGAUAACCUUUAACGUUGGUCAUAAUUUACAAAAGCAAACCGCCAACGUGGUGCCAGUACAGAGGGCUUGCAAUCUUGUGACUCCUGUGUCUGUUUCUGGAGUCUGCCCUUCUGAAAACAAGCCAUGGCAUCAGACCAGAGUUUCUGCGGUGGCUGCUAACCAGCCUCUUCCUCUUUGUCUUCCUGCUACCAUUUCUGCUCAAAAUAUUCUUGAGCUUUCCACUUCAGAAAGCGAAUCGAGCGUGCUUGGUGCCACCAGCGGCUCACUGAUCGCUGUUCCAGUUGGGCCUGAACCUCAUCAACACUGUUCCUUUCACACAUCUCUAAACGAUCAAAGCUCACCUGAAAAUAAGAAUGGGCAAGAGAGCCCCAAAUUACUGAAGAACACGGUCCCCUGUGCGUUGAACGUCCGCUCUGCCUCCUCAGCGACCACCACUGAAGUGCUGCCCAGCAGCCAGCCCUGCCUGAGCGCGCAGGCCUGCAGAGUUGAGCUCCCCGGCACCCUUGUUGCGGUUACCACCGCGGUCUGCUCCCAGCCUCCCAGGCCUGCAGGUGCGUCUUCUCCAGUGGGCAUUAGCCAGGGUACAGACUUGACAAACAGUGCCACGGUGGUGUCCCUACCUGUCCCUGGAGUGGGGAAGACUGCCACUCCUGUGAGCACUCUGUCUGCAAACCCUUUGGACAGUGGCUGGACUCUUUCUUGUUCUUUGCCUUCUUCAAGUGUUAGUACUUCAGAUUUGAAAAAUAUUAACAGCCUUACCCGAAUUUCCUCAGCCGGAAACACACAGACAACAUGGACUACUUUGCAACUGGCGGGAAACACCAUUCAGCCCUUGAGCCAGGCACCAGCUGUCGCUGUAGCCCCGGUAUUAAAUGAGUCUGUUCCUAGCCCCACCACAACCAACCACAGUAGACAUGUGGCUGCAGGCAUCAACUCGAGCAAUGCCUUUCCAGCAGAUGGGCAAGCGGGUGAGCAAGUAGUUGUAACCUUGCCUUCGUGUUCAUCUUUACCUAUGCAGCCAUUAACUGCCCAGCCACAAGUUAAACCUCAGCCUCCAAAAACUAUCCUUCCAUUGAAUUCAGCAAUGCAGGUGAUUCAGAUGGCUCAGCCAGUCGGGUCGGCUGUUAAUGCAGCUCCAGGUAAUCCAAAUGUGAUCAUUCUUCAGCCACCCAGCACCGCCCCAUGCCCCACAGUGAUGAGAGCAGAGGUUCCCAGCCAAACGGUAGGUCAGCAGAUAGUGAUCAUACAGACAGCCAAUCAGAACCCUGUGCCGCUCCUCUCUGCACCACCUCCUGGUUCUGUUCGACUCCCCGUCAAUGGAGUCAAUGCUAUCAUAGGGUCUAAUCAUUCAAUGCAAAAUGCUUCAACCCCACAGACUUUUGGAGGAAAGCACCUUGUCCACAUAUUACCAAGACCUUCUUCUUUAUCAACAUCUAGUUCAACACCAACGUUUUCUGUUGCCAUGUCAAACCAACAGCAGCCUCAAACCAUUUCUUUAAAUGGACAGCUCUUUGCUUUGCAGCCUGUGAUGUCUUCAUCAGGAGCUACAAAUCAAACCCCUAUGCAAAUUAUUCAACCCACCACCAGCGAAGAUCCAAAUACCAACGUUGCCCUGAAUACGUUUGGUGCUUUGGCCAGCCUCAAUCAAAGCAUAUCACAGAUGGCUGGGCAAAGCUGUGUGCAAUUGUCGAUUAGCCAGCCUGCCAAUCUUCAAACUGCUGCAAAUAGUCAAGCCACUUCAGCUAACUGUGUUUCACUGACAACUGCUGUGGCACCUCCCGUGACAGCAGAUAAUUCAGCCACACUACCCAGCGCAUGUGAUCUAGCGACUACUCCCUCAGUGAACAGUGUAGCUUGUUUGCCACCUAACGUGAAGUUGAAGAGGUUGAAUAAGAAGCCAGUUGCCAAGAAACACUUAGCAGCUAGCAAGUCAGCCUGCUCUCUGAAUCCAGUCAGAGAAGUGGGGAAGCUGGGCUGCCCCAGCACAGAAGGUUCUGCAGAGCUAUCCUGUGAUGACGUACUGCUGGAUAGCCUCCCUGUUGAUUUGCCAUCUGUUGCUGUGUCCCAGGCAAAUAGUGUAAAUGCGUGUGGUUCACAUUCUUUGGAAGUUCUGAAUUCUGAGUCUGUACCCAAAUGUAAGUCAACCGAAGAGUCUAACUCACCCUCCCAAGAACCUGUCACAAGCGAACAUUUUGCAACGGCCCCAGCAAAAUCCAAAGACUCUACCCCUGUGUUGCAACCAGAGAUAUCUCAGGAUAAGCCACCAACUAGCCUGGCAUUUUCAGAUGCUGCCAAGUCAUGUCCUUCAGCCAAUGUGUUGAUCCCAUCUCCAAGUGAUCCCCAGGUUUUGGUGUCUCAGGUUUCUGGUCUGUCAUCCACCACGAACACGGCAAGCCCUGACUGUGUUUCUGAGGUGGAAAUCGUUGCUGAACCUUGCAGGAUCGAGCAAGAUCCAUCGGAUACAAUGCAAACCACUGGUCUCUUAAAGGGGCAAGGUUUAACUGCCUUGCUGUCUGAUCUUGCUAAAGAAAAAGAUGCUCAGAAAACAUCUCUUUCAGUCCAGGCGGACCAUCCUGACUUUCCUGAAAAUUCUAAACUAGCAGACUCGAGUGUGGAUUUCCAUCCCAAACAGGAGCUGUUACUGCUGAACGGUGACGGUGGAGAUCUACCACAGCAUCAUUCCUGCAUCCCUGGUCAGGAGGUCGUUAGUGGUUCUUUGCUCGCCGGUAGGCAGGCUGACUCCCCCAUGUCAACCAGCUCUGGCAGUAGUCGGAGUUUCUCGGUGGCCUCCAUGCUUCCUGAAGCAGCCAGAGAGGAUGUGACCAGCAGUGCACCAGCUAGUACAUGCGACAGCUGUACCUUUGUAGAGCAAACUGAUAUAGUAGCUCUUGCAGCAAGAGCUAUUUUUGACCAGGAGAACCUUGAGAAGGGAAGAGUUGGCAUCCAGGCCGAUAUAAGGGAAGGCACUUCAAAGCCUUCUGACACAGCAUCUUUAGAGGGAGAUCAGCCUUUCAAAUCACAGAUACCUAAAGAGAAUGGCACAGGACAGGCAGAAGCGGUACCAAAUGAAUUUAAUUCUCAGGAUUCAGUCGAAGCAGCUGUGGAUAGGCCCCUGGAAAAACCAAGUUGCUCUGUAGGAAUCAAAACAUCAAAUGCCUCUUUACAGGUUUCAGCUUCUCAGCCACCAAGCAUCACCAGUUUAAGUGUGAAUAAUCUUAUCCAUCAGAGCGGCAUCAGCCAUCCUCUGGUCAGCUGUGCGGGUUUAUCCCAGUCUUCAGAGCAAACGGCUGUUCCGGCGACAGUUAAUCUGACUGUUGCAUCCAGCUCCUAUGGCAGUCAGCCUCCUGGACCAUCUCUGAUGACUGAAUAUGCCCAAGGACAGCUAAAUACUAUGACCAGUACCCUACCAAAUUCACAGAUUCAAGAGCCACUCUUAAAGCCGAGCCAUGAAAGCCGUAAAGAUUCUGCUAAGCGUGCUGUCCAAGACGACCUUUUACUUUCUUCUGCUAAGCGUCAGAAGCACUGUCAGCCAGCCCCACUCAGGCUUGAAAGCAUGUCUUUGAUGAGCCGAACUCCAGACAGCAUUUCUGAUCAAACUCAAAUAAUGGUUAGUCAGAUCCCUCCCAACUCUUCAAACUCAAUAGUGCCUGUUAGCAACCCGACACAUGGAGAUGGCCUUACACGACUGUUUCCUCCUAGUAACAACUUUGUGGCCCCUGCAUUGAGGCAAACAGAACUUCAGUGUAGUUCUCAGCCUUCGGUUGCCGAGCAACAGCCAACCCAGGCAAGUCAACACCUACAGGCCCUGCAACAGCACGUUCCAGCUCAAGGAGUGUCUCACCUCCAUAGUAACCAUCUUUACUUAAAGCAGCAGCAGCAACAGCAAGUGGGGCAGUUGAGAGAGAGGCAUCACUUGUAUCAGCUGCAACAUCAUGCACCCCACGCAGAGAGCACUGGCCACCCUCAGCCCCACAGUGUCCACCAACAGAGAACUCUACAACAGGAAGUCCAGAUGCAGAAGAAGAGGAAUCUUGUUCAGGGCACUCAGGCCUCUCAGCUCUCCUUACAACCGAAGCACCAUGGAACUGACCAGUCCCGGCCCAAGAGUGGUCAGCCACAUCCCCACCACCAACAAAUGCAGCAACAGAUGCAGCAGCAGUUUGGAAAUUCCCAGCCAGAGAAGAGCUGUGACAACCCUUCGACAAGCCGGAACCACCAUAACCAUCCUCAGAACCAUCUUAAUCAAGACAUCAUGCACCAGCAGCAGGACGUUGGAAGCAGACAGCAAGGUUCAGGGGUUUCUUCUGAACAUGUCCCUGGACACAAUCCAAUGCAGAGACUAUUGACAUCAAGAGGCUUAGAGCAGCAGAUGGUGUCCCAGCCAAGUAUCGUGACAAGACCUUCUGACAUGACUUGUACUCCACACAGGCCAGAGAGAAAUAGAGUUUCAAGUUACUCUGCUGAGGCACUCAUUGGAAAAACGUCUUCUAAUUCAGAGCAGAGAAUGGCUUUAUCGAUUCAGGGCUCUCGAGUUUCAGAUCAGCUUGAAAUGAGAAAUUACCUUGAUAUUCCCAGAAAUAAGAAUUUGGCCAUUCAUAACAUGCAGAGCCGUGUGGACCAUACCCUUGCCCCAGAUAUCCGCCUCCCUGAUUGUCAGACAUUUAAACCAAGUGGGGCCAGUCAACAGCCCCAGAGUAAUUUUGAAGUACAAUCUUCAAGAAAUAAUGAAAUAGGUAACCCUGUAUCAUCUUUGAGGAGUAUGCAGUCCCAGACUUUUCGAAUUAGUCAAAACUCUGGUCCUCCAGCCAUCGACCGUCAGAAGAGAUUACCUUAUCCACCGGUUCAGAGCAUCCCAACAGGAGAUGCUGUUCCACCAAGGGACAGUGACAAUACAUGUCACCAAAGUUUUAUGCAGAGCUUACUUGCCCCUCACCUCAGUGAUCAGGUCAUCGGGAGCCAGAGAUCACUCUCAGAACAUCAAAGGAAUACACAGUGUGGCCCAUCCUCUGCAAUUGAGUAUAAUUGUCCCCCAGCUCACGAAAGUGUCCAUAUUAGAAGAGAGAGUGAGAGUCAGAAUAGGGAAAGUUGUGACAUGCCCUUAAAUGCAAUCAACACCAGGAACAGUACCUUGAAUAUUCCUUUUUCAAGUUCUUCUUCCUCAGGAGAUAUUCAGGGUCGAAACACAAGUCCCAAUGUUUCUGUUCAGAAAUCCAACCCCAUGAGGAUUACUGACAGUCAUGGGACAAAGGGCCACAUGAACCCCCCAGUCACAACCAACAUGCAUGGGAUUGCAAGGCCAGCUUUGCCACAUCCAUCUGUGUCUCAUGGAAGUGCUGAUCAAGGGCCUCCUGUACGUCAAACCAACUCUUCAGUUCCCCAGCGAUCAAGGCAUCCCGCACAAGACAGCAGCAGUUCCAAAAUUCGUCAACCUGAAAGGAAUCGUUCUGGAAACCAAAGACAUAGUAACGUCUUUGAUCCAGGUCUUCCCCAUCUUCCUCUGUCAACCAGCGGCAGUAUGAUCCUUGGACGCCAACAGCCAACCUCAGAGAAGAGAGGAAGUAUUGUGCGUUUUAUGCCAGAUAGCCCACAAGUACCCAACGAUAAUUCAGCUCCUGACCAGCAUACGCUAUCCCAAAAUUUUGGUUUUUCUUUUAUUCCCGAGGGUGGCAUGAAUCCACCCAUAAAUGCUAAUACUUCCUUCAUUCCACAGGUUACUCAGCCCAGUGCCACUCGAGCUCCAGCCCUCAUCCCUGUAGAUCCUCAGAAUACCCUGCCCUCCUUCUAUCCGCCCUACUCUCCUGCUCACCCUCCACUGUCCAAUGAUAUUUCAAUCCCCUAUUUUUCUAAUCAAAUGUUCUCAAAUCCCAGCACAGAGAAGGUAAACAGUGGAAGCUUAAAUAACCGAUUCGGAUCAAUUUUAUCCCCUCCCAGACCAGUUGGCUUUGCUCAGCCAAGUUUUCCUCUUCUCCCAGAUAUGCCACCAAUGCACAUGACCAACUCUCACUUAUCCAAUUUUAAUAUGACGUCUUUGUUUCCAGAAAUAGCGACAGCUCUUCCGGAUGGCUCAGCAAUGUCCCCUUUGCUUACAAUAGCCAACUCCUCUGCCUCUGACUCUUCCAAGCAGCCCUCAAACAGACCGGCCCACAACAUAAGCCAUAUUUUAGGUCAUGAUUGCAGUUCUGCUGUUUAAAUACUGAGCGACUAAACAGAAAUAUAAUGGGUGAGAUCACAGAGGUAUUUGUGUGUGCAUGCACAAAUACACGUGCGUGAACAGUGAGACUGUGUGUGUGCGUAUGUCUCUGUGUUUCCAUAAUCAACUUUCACUUUCCUUCUGAAUGUCUGGAAGCCGUGUCAGAGAUGAGGCAGAUGCUGGAUUGUCCAAAAAAAAAAGAAAAAGCUAUCUUUCAUUUUAAACUGCAUGAUGUGCUUUUUAAAUUUCCAGGCAGGUUUACAAUUCCAAGUUUGAUUUCUCCUCUUUUAUUCCCUAAAUAUGGAUCAGCUGGAGGCUGGGGGGAGUUCAUUUUGGUAUGUGCUGGAUGGUAGGAAGGAACCUAGAUUUGAACGUGAAGUAGAUAGUUGAGUUGCUAUCCAAAAAUACAGACAAAGUGAUAUUACACAAUGGUUCAUAGCCAAAUGCUGACUAAUGCCAACAUCCAGACUAGUUUCUUUUUUCUUUUAUUGUGCUUUAAAUGAAAGUUUACAAAUCAGGUCAGCCUCUCAUACACGAAUUUAUAUACACCUUGCUGUAUACUCCUAGUUGCUCUCCCCCUAAUGAGACAGCACACUCCUUCUCUCCACCAUCUAUUUCCAUGUCCAUUCAGCCAGCUUCUGUUCCCCUCUGCCUUCUCAUCUCCCCUCCAGACAGGAGCUGCCCACAUAGUCUUAUGCGUCUACUUGAUCCAAGAAGCCCACUCCUCACCAGUACCAUUUUCUAUCUUAUAGUCCAGUCCAACCCCUGUCUGAAAAGUUGGCUUUGGGAAUGGUACCAGUCUUGGGCCAACAGAAGGACUGGGGACCAUGACCUCCGGGGUCCAUCUAGCCUCAGUCAGGCCAUUAAGUCUGGUCUUUUUACAAGAAUUUGAGGUCUGCAUCCCACUGCUCCAGACUAGUUUCUUACACAUGGCAGGUGUAGAAUUGAAUGUUCGUAGUUAAAGUCAAGCAGUUAACAAAUUUUAAAAACCCGUUGCCAUCAAGUCGAUUCCAACCUGUAGUGACCUUAUAGGACAGAGUAGAACUGCCCCGUAGGGUUUCCAAGACUGUAAUCUUUAGGAAGCAGACUCCCACAUCUUUCUCUUAUGAAGUGGCCGGUGGGUUGUAGCCGCUGACCUUUUGGUUAACAGCCAAGAGCUUAACCACUGCACCACCGGGGCUCCUUAACAGAUCAAUUAAUUAGGCAUAAUCAACCUUUAUUCCAUAGGUUUUGUUUACGUAGAGGCUUCUUUCUGGAUUAUAGCAAUUCAUAAAUUAUUUCGCAUCUUGUUCUUCAAGAUCGAGAGUCAUGUUAUUAUUUAAUGUACCAAGAUUCUUUAAAGCAAAGGUCUUGCCUAGACAAUUAGCCUUAAAAAUGGAAAGCUAAAAAGUAAAGUAUAUAAUUUUUUUUCCAUUUCGUACUUGGAUUUUGCAUCAGGCCAUAUUGAGAAAAGCAGUUACGUUGUAGAGUUUUGUGUGUGUUCGGUUAGCAGUUUUUCCAUUAAUUUUUUGUUUCAGUAUUCUGUCUUCUAUUUAUUUGAGCUUGAUUUUUUGGCGUUCAUUUAAUCAUUGGGACUGCUCAGUAAAUAGUGUAUUUGGAAUCUACCGUUUAUUUGAGCCUUACUUUGAAAAUAUUUCUGAGCAGAUUCUUCAGCCCUGUUAGUAUUUUCAUUUAUUGAGAUUUAUACUUAAAAUAUAACGUUGUGUAUUACAUUAUUUUCCUUCAUAAUAGAAUUAUAAGGAGAUUAAUUUGUUUAUUUUUCCUGAUGGAAAAUGUGAAAUGGUGCUUCAAAAAAUACCAUCUUUAUAUAUGUCCAUGUGUGUCCUGUGUGUACGUCUGGCUGUGUGUGUGAAGACAUAGAUUUUAAGUCUAAACUGGUCUUUUUAAAACAGGCUGUCCAUCUGAAAAUGGGAAAUUGAGACCUGAGACUUGCCGAAGUAUAGAAAAACUUGAUGUAGGAGCUAAAAAAAAAAAAAACAA